UCGUUAACGCCAAUGCUCGCGAUCAUCCAUCCUACCAACACUUGAAUAAUCUUAGAAGACUUAUCCUCAAAAAUGACACGACCUGAAAUUCCACCUGUCUCACUUUACCCCGCCGAUUUCGAAACAUCCUUCCCCACCGUCUCCCCCGACUCCCCUCCUUUUCCCUCCCUGAUCCCACUCUCCCACACCACAAAGCGCAUUUCCCUAAUUCCGCUCUCUCUUGAUCACAUCCCUGAUCUAUGGAAACAUGUCGGCGGAGAAGAAAAAUAUAUGCUUUACAAAUAUAUGCCAGGUGGACCAUUCAACACCAUUGAAGAAUUCACAACCUAUCUAACAUGGCUUAUUGACUACUCGCAAUCUGAAUUUGUAAAUUGGGUGGUUGUAUUGCCCAGUGGAGAAGCCGUGGGCAUUAUUUCUCUUUUGAAUAUCGUGCCCUCUCAGAGGAGGAUCGAGGUUGGUCAUUUGUUGUUUUCAAAGUCCUUGCAGAGGACUACGGAGGCGACGGAGGCGUGUUAUGUGUUGAUGGAGUAUGUGUUUGGAUUGGGGUAUGAGAGGGUGGAGUGGAAGUGUAACGCGCAGAACGUGGCGAGUAAGAGGGCCGCGGAGCGGUUGGGGUUUGUGGGCGAGGGUGUUUUUAGGAGGCAUAUGGUUAUAAGGGGAAGGACGAGGGAUAGCUGGUAUGGCAGUGUGAUUUUGGAGGAGAUGGAGUUGGUUAAGAAAGCGUUGGUGGAGUGGCUGAAGGCGGAGAAUUUUGAUGAGGGCAAGCAGAAAAGGAAGGUUGAGGAGAUUAGAGAGGAGGUGGCCAGGGGGCUCAAUUAGAAGAUAUAUGGUGGCAGAGGCGAGAUGAAAGGGAGAAAAUGGGAAGAAAAGGAAACCUGAGUCACAGGCUUGCUUCGUCAGAGUUUACACGGAGAGCCGAUUUUGUAUAACAUAUGUAGUAGCAGCAUUCCGGAUUGUACAAAAACGG